AUGGCGGUCAGAAAGAACAGCGGCUCGUCGAGCGCGCAAAGCAACACCAGAGCAAACACCUUUUCCAUCAUCGCAGUCCUUAUCGCCCUGUUUUCCGCCAUUGUUUACUUCAUGGAACAAAACCUCCAGAGUUUCUACGUCUUCGACACAAAACAACUGCACGAUCUUUCGCAGAGAGCAAUCGCAAACCAUGGAAACGACACUAGGGCUGUUGUUGCACAGAUCGUCGGCGAACUCAGCCAGGGUCCUGCCGGAGAAUAUGUCAACCUGAAUGAGGAAUGGGUCUUCAACAAUGCCGGUGGUGCGAUGGGUGGCAUGUACAUCAUUCACGCCAGUAUUACUGAGUAUUUGAUCAUUUUCGGCACCGCCGUUGGAACUGAAGGACAUACUGGUCGCCACACUGCAGACGACUACUUCCACAUUCUCAAGGGUACCCAAACUGCAUACUCACCUGCCGCUGGACACUACGAACCCGAGGUCUACUCUCAAGGCAGUGUACACCAUUUGCGCCGUGGCGAGGUCAAGCAGUACAAGAUGGACGAUGCUUGCUUUGCUCUCGAGUACGCUCGUGGUUGGAUUCCUCCCAUGCUUGGUUUCGGUUUCGCCGAUGGUCUUACCAGUACUCUCGAUUUCCCUACUUUGUGGCACACCACCAGAAUUACUGGCAGAGAGAUGUUGUCAAAUAUGGCCAAGGGAAAACUUUAG